AGCAAAAGGAAACAAAGGGGGACAGAACAAAAACCACAAGCCGAAAACCCCAACCCAACCCUACUUUGUUUCUCGCUACCAAAAAGAACGACGGCAGAGCAGUGACGACAGCAACGCGCCACCGGAGUUUAAAUGAUCAUCCGUGGCAUCAACUGCUGAAGAAAAGAAUUGGAGAUAAAUAAAGGAAACCAAGUGAUUGCUGGGGUCACUGUUCUUCCUUAACAGACCGGGGAAGGUUGCUGGUUUCUUGUUCAGAAUUGUCAUGGUAACUGAAGAGCCAAAGGAUCCAUUCAAGGGGGUUGACUGGAAGGCCAUAGGUGGUGAAUUACAGAAGGAUCCUAGCGCUGGUACUAAACCAAUCAUAAAGAAGCGGCUUCCGAAAAAGAUUAGGCAAAUUCCAGACUACUAUUUCCUUCCUCGAUUGCCUCUACCUACUGUCAUUGCCUUCUAUGGAGCGUGUAUUGCAGGUGGAGUUGGUGCUGGCAUGCUACUGGAGAUGUGGAUAAAUAAGAAAGUGAAAGAGGAUGGAGGCAUCAUAUGGGAGUUUGAUAAAUAGAGCCUGGAAAGCGUUAGAUCAGAUCCAAAUCAGUAAUGAUGCCCUUUUACUCGCUGUUUUUUCUUGAGCUAUUUUGAAUUUGUGGUACUAAUACCUUCAAAGGAAACUUACUGGAUUUAGGUACAUGGUUGCGUGCUUGGUAUUCAUGCAGCGGUUCUAAUUCAUUUCCCUAGCCGGUCUCUUGAUUUGCCUUCAUCAUUUAUAACUAGUAUUUGGAAACACACUUUAUAGUUUUUCUAUAUUGUUUGGGAGUAAUUGAGUUGUGGUGCUUCUAUGGUUAUUUUCAGCAGAAUGUAUCGAGAGAAAAAUUCAUCGUUUUUGAUCAUAGAGGAAGCAAAGAGCUUCCUCGAUUGUCCUUUUGGUCACAUAUGAGCUAGUGAUAUGUAGAAAAUACUAGUUUUGGGCUUGUUCAGGAUCUGAUUUCGAAUUCACAACACACUCCUUUCUUCA